AAACACACGAGCUAAUAGUCUAACAGGCUGCUAACAGGCUUAAAGGCUCGAACAGGCUAACAGACUACAGACAGGCUGCUAACACUACAGACAGGCUGCUAACAGGCUAACAGGCUAACAAUCUUAGUGUAAAUAAACAGCCAGCAAGAUGGAGGUCUACAGGAAACAUUACAGCGACAUUCAUCAGACUGAGUUAAACCUGUAUGAAAAGUGAAGGGAGUAUGGAACAGAGAUUCUAGAAUUCUGCUACGGUGAACCGAGUAUGGAGGAUGAUGAACUUCCGUCAGAGGAUGGGAUGGGUGGGCGUGGCUCUCUACCUGGUGCUCAGCGUCAUGGCGGUGUACUACAUCUUUGAGGUGCACACGCUCAGUUUGGAGCGCGUGCAGAGAGGUGGGGUCAGCCCGUCAGCUCCACCCCCUUCCAUCACCUGGUCUCAUCUGCCAUCGCUUCCUGUCUGGAUGUGGGCGUCGGUCUUCCUGCUGCCAUACCUGCAGCUCUUCCUCUUCCUGUUCUCAUGCACGAGAGCUGACCCCCGAGCUGUUGGUUACUGCGUACUUCCUGUCUGCAUCACCCUGCUUUGCAGCCGCCGCCCCACUGCCCAGACACUGACUAAUCACAGGGCAGGGUCAGUGAUUGACACAUAGAGAGGACCAAUCGCAGAGGCUGCAGCUGCUCCGAACUUUUUGUGUUGAUGUUUGUGAUGUCACUUCCUGUGUGCCUUUUUAAAAAAGUCUUCAUGUGUCCUGAGGUGUUCCAGGUGUUUCAGGUUUUGGAUCUUUUAGCUGGAGGUUGUAGCUCAGAAAAUUGAGAAUCCUCCGGCUCGUCGUCUUCUUCAUCACUAU